AUGUCAUUAGGUAUAGUACAACGAGCAGCAAAUCCAACUCAGGCCGAUGAGGGCUACAAUUAUCAGACGGGAAGAGGGCUCCUUAACUCAGCAUAUAAGAAAUGUCCACCUGUAGACGACCCAUUGAAGGACAAGCUAUGCCCUGAUGGAGUAACAUGCGUUCGAGGAAAAGGAUUGUGCCCUGGAAGUAUGUGCAACUUUAAGCGGUAUGACUUCUACUGUGAACGUUCUCACCAGUGCGUAAAGACAUCAGAAGUUUGUGAUGGCUGGAAUGAUUGUCAAUAUUGGGAAGAUGAAGAGAAAUGCAGAUAUCCAGCAAUAAAGCAGCAGAACAGAGAUUACGAGGAUUCCAAUACACAAUCAAGCCAUAAAAAUAACAACAACAACCAAGACUCAAGUGGAAGCACAAGACCUUCAAUAAAAAGUGAAUAUGCGGCGCUGGCUGCACUCUUAUUGGUUGUUGCUUUAAUCGUUUACACAGUAUGUAGAUACAAGUUCGACCCAAGGAUGAGGCGGGAAUUUCGAACUGCUUGGAACAAAUCAUUCCCAGGUUGUCCAAUUAAAACUGACCUCCCCGUCGAUAAUGAAACCACAAAUGACAAUAGUGAUUUUGAUUCCACUACCUCCGAUGAAAGGGAUAUGCCCGCUAGAUCCUCAUCGUAUCGAACAGCUGCUGUUGCAUACAACCACCAUCCUCCCUCCGCUCAUAUUGUUGAUGUUCACCAAGCUACGAUAGAAACCAAUGGUACAGAGCCAAUAAGCAAAGCCCAAAAUGAUUCACCCACACUAGACCAAAGUACUGAACAGAACCAAACACAGUCGAUUACUCAGAACACUAGCUCACUAACGGAUACCGAGAGCAUACAUGACAAUGGUACUUCUUCCGAUGCUAAUGAAAUGCCGAUACCCGUUAAUAACACUGGAGAUAGGAUGGCCCCUCCUAUUCUAGACCUUAAUGCAUCUGGAGUGGAAGACCUUCCACCUUCGUACGAUGCAGUUGUGUCUAAUCCAAAUACAUAUCAUGUCAGGGGCGUCGGAACAAUGUAUGCAGAUACGCAAAUGCGUGUUGAAAAGUGA